AAUCGCCACGAACCAGCCCUAAAGCAUCGGCAAUCGACGUACGUCCGACAACAGAUCGACGGCGAGGCAUUGGUUGUCGGUGGGAACCUAACUUUGCUUCUGUUUCUUCUCAAAAUAAGUGAAAUUCCUCUGAAAAUCCAAUACCGCACGCACCAGGUGCCGGAAUCCAAUAUCCGGCCACAGCACCCCAGGGGAAAAAUUGCUCAGCCGAGUCUCGCCCGAGGUCCGUACCAAAACAUCCGGGUCAGGCGCAACUGCCAUAUCCAUAGCCCUAUCAACAUCCGCCACAUCAGCACGGCCCUCGAGUUUUCUCUCACUGCACGUUUUCUCGACUGCUCGCAAGAUCUCGUCCGUCGAUGUGUAGGCAAGGCAAAUCGAGAGCACGGCCCUCGAGUUUUGCGCGGUGGCCCGCGUGGCCCGUUCGGCAGCCGACUGAACGGGCUUGCUCAGAAGCUUCAUGUUCCCUAUGAAGUGUACCCGCACCCCAUAACGGUGGAUAAUACUCUCUUCCUCGAGACGCCUUUUGAAGUUGUCGAUGCUGAAGGCGUAAAUGGUUAUCAUUCUCAUGAGGGCCGAGAAGCCAGCCCGAUGGCCCGCUGCCCCUUCUUGAAGGUUCCUUUUCUUGGCGUACCUUCGGUUACCGUCCAUGAUGAAGGCAAUGUGUUGAGGGAUGGGGCCCAC